GUAGUUACAUGCCGGAAGACGGGAAGACGGGAAGCAGAAGUGAAUACAUUUCUUACAAUGAGAAUAACGUUGUUCCGCUCCUCAUUGGGUUGCGUGGUGAGAGUUUUCGGACCAGCACCUGCUUCUAGCAGUAAAGCCGUCACACAAGCAGUCGCUGCUCAUCUCUAUUGUUCGAGAAAAACGAUGCAUUAUCUAACGGAGCAGAGAGGACACCUGAAUUCAACCGACUACCGUCUUUAUUUUAAAACCCCAGAAGGAAGAUACAUCUCACCAUUUCAUGACAUCCCUCUCAUAGCAGAGUCUGAAAAGGAAAAUGACGCUCCAGCCAAAAAAGCGAAGACGGACACCGAGGUUAUGCACAUCUUUACAACAGUUGAAACCCAAAGUCAGCUCUCUACAUCAUAUAUUGCGACAAAAGAGCCGCUGAAUCCUAUCAAACAGGAUGUGAAGAAAGGAAAGCUCCGAUACGUUGCUAACGUGUUUCCCCACAAAGGUUACAUUUGGAACUAUGGAGCUCUCCCUCAGACGUGGGAGGACCCAAACCACAAAGACGAGGAAACAAGCUGCUGCGGGGACAAUGAUCCCAUUGACGUCUGUGACAUUGGCACUCAGGUGUGUUCCUCGGGUCAGGUGAUCCAGGUGAAAGUGCUUGGCAUUUUGGCCAUGAUUGAUGAAGGAGAAAUGGACUGGAAGGUUGUUGCUAUUAACGUGAAAGACCCAGAUGCAAAAAACCUAAAUAGUAUAGAGGACGUUCGCAGAAGCCGACCGGGUCAUUUAGAGGCCACUGUGGACUGGUUCAGGAAAUAUAAGGUGCCAGAUGGAAAGCCAGAGAAUAGCUUUGGAUUCAGCGGGCAAUUCCAGGACAAGGACUUUGCUAUCAAGGUCAUCAAUUUAACCCACAAGCACUGGAGGGCACUGGUGCAGAAGAAAGCAAAUACUGAGGGGAUUAUUUGCAAAAACAUCACUUGUUGUGAAAGUCCACACGUGUGCAGUACUGAUGAGGCGGAUGUUGUUGUCCAGUCGGCUCCUGUCUCCGGUCCUGCAAAUCCUGUUUCUAAAGAAGUCGACAGAUGGCAUUUCGUCUGAAGGCCUCAAAGCUCCAUGGAACCUUUCUUUACACCUGUAACAGCAACAUCAGUCUUAAUGUAUGCAGGUAGAUGUUUGUUUUUCUUAAACACUCAGACGUCGUUGGUGAAAGGUGUCAUUAUUAUUGUAUUACCUUUUGAAAAUCAAUGAUCAGUAUAAAUAUGAUUUUUUUUCCAAAGAGAAAUUUUACACAAUUGAUAACAGACUUGAGUUAAAUUAAAAAGACGUAAUCACUUUUUCCUUUUUUUAAAUCUCGCCAUUUUCCUAAAACAGGGCAGUAUUUUGUGUUUCAUGUCUAAAGAAAACAUCAUGUAAGACUGAAAGGACACUUUCAUAACAUAAAGCCAAUAUAUUGUUUUGUCUUUAUACAUUAAGGGGAAUAAAAAAAACGAAAAGAA